GGACAGGCAAGCCCAAUUUGAACUUUUCUUUUCUUAAUAAUUUCCUUUUCUUUUGCUGGAAGAAGAAAGAUGGCAACUUGCAGUGAUUAAUAAUAGCUCCACUGUUCAUCCAAUCUGAAUAUGUAUCUGUAAUCCCCCCCAACCCCAAAAGCUAAGCUGCAUAUUCCUCCGCCCUGACAAUCAACUUAAAUUUGGGUUUCCUGGAAAUGGAUGAAAUCCAUUUGAACUUCUAAAACCCCUGGCAGUAGGUUCUUUUCUUUGUGCACCCUAGUGUUCCUAGGAUGACACUUGUGCAUCUCCUGACAGAGCAAAUGAAAUCCUGAAGAAAAUCAUAUCUAAUGGCCGGCCGGGGUACAUUAGAAAAAUCACAAGGACAUGUAUCUACAGUAUCUAUCUGCGGUGCAUCUUGAGCCAGCCAGCUGCAACAUUCAAAUGAUUCGAUUUUGAUAUCCAUAUAUUUGAGAUUCAGUAUGAUAUCAUAGAAAAAUCUGUAUUCAUACUUAUUUGGAGUAGUACUAUUUUGCAAGGCAGGAGUAGGGAAAUACUAGAGUAUGAUGUGAGAGAGGAUGGAUGAUUCAUGCAUGUGAGAUCAAAACAAGGACUCAAAUGGAUCACUCCUGCAGCAUUUAUUGUACUCUCCCCAUUAUUCUUCGUGUAAUUAAACUCGGCCGUCCAUGUCCACUCCCUCCCUCCAGCUCCAAGGUCAACUCUACCCCUCCUCCUUUGCUUCAAUCCUUCUUCAUUGAUCGGUCAAACAAACAUCAAGCUUUAUGCCGCCAAUUCCAUGGCGCUCCCUCCUCCUCUCCGUCUCCUCCUACAAUUGUUAGUCGUCUUCCUCGGCACCGGCGGUCCACUCACCGCCGCGCGCACGGUGCCCGUGGAGUUCUUGUACCCGCCCUUCAACCUGACCUACAUGCACUACAUCGACACCAACGGCGUCUUCCUCCUCUCCGGCCCCAACGGCACCUUCUCCGCCGCCGUCUACAACGCCGGCUCCGGCGGCGGCUCCUCCUUCGACAGCCAGUCCCGCUUCUUCUUCUCCGUGCUCCACGACAAGUCCCGCACCCCCGUCUGGACCGCCACCGCCGGAUCCACCAUCCUCCAGUCCAUCACCCUCUCCCUCACCGCCAAGGGCAUGGCGCUCUCCUACCCCGCCGACCCCGACCCGGCCUGGUCCACGCCGCCGCUCGCCGCGCCCGUCGCCUCGCUCCGCCUCCGCGACACCGGCGAACUCGCGCUCCUCGACGCCGCCAACGCCACCCUCUGGUCCUCCUUCGACCGCCCCACGGAUACCCUGCUCCAGGGCCAGAGACUCCCCGUCGGCGCCACGCUCACGGCCUCCGCGUCGGACCAGGACCUCUCUCCCGGACCUUACCGCCUCCUGCUCACCCCCAACGACGCGCUGCUUCAAUGGGCACCGGCAUCAUCUUCCUCGGCGCCGGCGAACGCUUCUUCCUUGGUCACCUACUGGGCGCUCUCCUCCGACGCCGGCGCCGUGCAGGACUCGAACCUCAAAGUCGAAUCCAUGGCGGUCAACGCCUCCGGGAUCUACCUCCUCGCCGGCAACGGCAGGGACACCGUCCUCAGGCUUCUCUUCACGCCGCCGCCAUCUUCCUCCUCCGCAAAAGUCCUCCUCAAGGUCGGCUCUUCCGGCCGCCUGCGCGUGCUCAGCAUGGCCAUCUCCCCCACGGCGGCGCGCGCAAGCUUACCAUCCGUGUGGGAAGCUCCGGGCAACGACUGCGACCUCCCUCUGCCGUGCGGAUCCCUCGGGCUCUGCACGGCGGGCACCGGCAGCAACUCCUCCUGCAUGUGCCCCGAAGCCUUCAGCACCCACACCACCGGCGGCUGCUCGCCGGCCGACGGCUCCACCACGCUUCUUCCAACGGACGACUGCGCCAACGGAUCAUCGUCGAGCUCAUACACGGGCCUGGGCGACGGCGUCGGCUACUUCGCCAGCAAGUUCGCGGUGCCGGCGACGGCCGGCGGCGCGCUCCCGGCGUGCCGCGACCUCUGCUCGGCCAACUGCUCCUGCCUCGGCUUCCACUACAGGAACUCCUCCAAGUCCUGCUUCCUCAUGCUCAACCAGAUCGGCUCCGUCUUCCGCGUCAAUGCCGAUUCCUUCUCUUCCACCGCCGCCGCGGUAUUCAUCAAGACAGUGCCGGCGGCGUCGCGCGGCCAUGGCCGUGGGUCGUCGCGGUUGAGCUCCAUCACCAUCGUAUUCGGCGUCGUGCUGCCGACCGUGGCCGCCGUGUUCAUCGCCUUCCUGCUGUACGUCAUGGCCAAGCACUGGCUCAACAAGCGCGGCGGCAGCAAUGGUCAGAAGAAGAAGAAGAAGAAGAAGAAGAAGAAGACGAAGCACGAGAGCAGCGAGGGGUGGCGGCGCAGCUGGUUCAUGCUGCACGUGAUGUCGUCGUCACGAGCGUCGUCCAACGUCCCGUCGGAGAAGGACACGGAGGAGGAUAGCGAAGAAGAAGACGACGACCCGGACGCGGUGCUCAUCCCGGGGCUGCCGACCCGGUUCACGUUCGACGAGCUGGAGGCGGCGACCAACGGGUUCAAGCGGCAGAUCGGCUCCGGCGGGUUCGGGUCCGUGUACCGAGGCUCGCUCCCGGACGGGACGACGGUGGCCGUGAAGCGGAUGAACAACCUGGGCACGCAGGGCCGGCGCGAGUUCCUGACGGAGAUCGCCGUGAUCGGCAACGUGCACCACGUGAACCUGGUGAAGCUCCGCGGGUUCUGCGCCGAGGGGCCGCAGCGGCAGCUGCUGGUGUACGAGUUCAUGAGCCGGGGCUCACUGGACCAGUCGCUAUUCGUCUCCUCCAACUCCGGUUUGGCAUGGCCGGAGCGGGUUGGGGUCUGCGUGGGCGCGGCGCGCGGGCUGGCGUACCUGCACUCCGGGUGCCACCGCAAGAUCCUCCACUGCGACGUGAAGCCGGAGAACAUCCUGCUGGACGGCCGCGGGGGCGUCAAGAUCGCCGACUUCGGGCUGGCCAAGCUGAUGAGCCCCGAGCAGUCCGGGCUGUUCACCACCAUGAGAGGCACCCGAGGGUACCUCGCGCCGGAGUGGCUCAUGAACGCGCCCAUCACCGACAAGGCCGACGUCUACAGCUUCGGCAUGGUGCUGCUGGAGAUCGUCCGCGGCAGGAAGAACUCCAAGCUGCUAGAUGACACCGGCACCAGCAGCGGGGCGUCCGAUGACGGCGGCAAGGAGGAGCGGAGCAGAGGCUACUUCCCGGCCAUGGCGCUGGCGGUGCACGAGGAGGAGGCGUCGCCAGGCUACUCGGAGCUGGCGGACCCGAGGCUGGAAGGGAAGGUGGACGCCGGCGAGGUGUCGAGGGUGGUGAGGGUGGCGCUCUGCUGCCUGCACGAGGAGGCGUCGCUCCGGCCGGGGAUGACGGCGGUGGCGGCCAUGCUCGACGGCAGCAUGGAGGUGUGCGCGCCCAGGACGGACCAGCUCUCAUACCUCAGGAUGUACGGCCGGGCUGGCACCACCGCCGGCGCCGGCGCCGCCAGCAGCAGCACCUGGUCGCCGCCGUCCUGCGUCUCCGCCCAGCAGCUCUCCGCUCCCAGAUGACAUAUUAUGCCAAUCAGUAUUACUAUGAAUUUUCGAGCAAGAAAAUUAAGAUGCCAUCUUGUUUGUCUGUGAAUACAAAUUCAAAUUUUGAUGCCGGCUUAGCUGCUUCUCUUCUUUUGCCAGCGAAAUUAAUUUGUUGGCAAUGAAUAUGUAUGGUAUCUUAUGAAAAAUUAAGAUGCCUACAUCCAAAACAAGAGUUUCGUGCUAUAAAUUUAAAUCUGUCGCAA